AUGGGAAAGUGGAGUCAAUGUGCGAUCGCGGCGACGAUUCUGGCGCUCGGCCUCCUCUCAGUCUCGGCCGCCGCAAGACCCUGCAAGACCUUCUUCGUCACCUCCUAUUCGAUCUCCUUUGAAAACCCUAACGAUCCUUCCUCCUCCUCCUCCAGCGGAUUCGUCACCGUAGUCCGAGAUCAACCAAUUGAGUCUCAAACCAUCCGAUCCAAUCCGUCCGAUGUCUUCAGCUCCCUCCGUGAGCGCAGCAGGGACAUCCUCAACGUGGUCGUCGCCCUUCUCUCGGCGCCGGUUGCGGCGCUCUCACGGCGGCCACCCUUUAUUUGGUAUGGCCUUCUUCUCGUACCGGUCUGA